AUGGCUGUCGAUGUGGCACCUGUGCCAUACUCUACUGUUAUUCUUCAUUGCUUGAAGUAUCCCUAUACUGGGGUGUACGGCAUUUUGCUCGGCACAAAGACGGGUAACAAGUUUAAGGUUUCUGCUGCUGUCCCUAUUUCUCAUGAGUCGUCGCCUCUUGCACCUGCUGUGGAAGUGGCACUAGCAAUUGUCCAUGCAUCGUAUCCGAAUAUUAUCGGCGUAUAUUUUUCGAAUCAGAACUACAAGGAUAGAAGCUUGAGCCCCUAUGCCAUUCGAUUAUGCGAAAGCGUCACCUCUGUGUGUGGAACGCCAGCAAUCCUCGUGCAGGUUAUCAAUUGGAAUCUGAGCCCAGAUUGUGAAAGCAAUUCCCUGGCAGCUUACGUGAAAGAUGGAGAAAAUUGGAAAGACACGAGAUUGGAUACGUCAUCGGAAUCAUUGACGAUUUUAUCGCAAGCAAUUCAAAACAAGCUUUAUCGGACGCUGUACGACUUUGAAAAUCACCUCGAUCGACCUGAAUGUGACUUCUACAACACGGGCCUUUCACAGAAACUUGGACAAUUGAUCGGAUGA